ACUGAAUCUGCUGUCAAGGCCCUUUCACCGUCCACUGUCGACACCGCCCGUAGCCGCGUCCCUCACCCCACGCCACGCCACGUGGUAAGAGAGCAAAAAAACAGCAGCGGCAGCAGCCAGGCCGGAGACGCACCGCCCGGCGCCCACGGACAUCGAGAAUAGCACCACGGUGGGCUUAUCACAGAGGAGAGGAGAGAAGAAGAGAGAUCUGAACGGCUGGGCUCGCCGGAAGAAGGAAAAAGAUGAUGUUGCCGAGCAGCGCUUCUUCUUCCUCCUCCUCCCCAGCCGGAGGAAACAGCUUUUUCACAGGAUUUACCCGGUUGUGCAAAGGCCUCGCUGUGAUACUUGUUGGGGGAUAUGUCUUACUGCAAGUCUUUCCUUCAGCUGUCACGUAUGUUGCACUUAUUCCUGCAAGGACAAUUCCAUUCGCAUGGAACCUCAUCACUGCUGGCUACGUUGAGCAAUCACUUCCAGGGGUGGUCAUCAGCACAAUUGGUCUUCUUUUAUUUGGGAAAUUGCUGGAACCUCUGUGGGGUUCUAAGGAGUUCUUGAAGUUUAUUAUUGUGGUGAAUUUUUUAACUUCAAUCUGCAUCUUUGUUACUGCCAUUAUAUUGUACUACAUAACAAGGCAGGAAAGCUACCUUUAUACACCUCUUUCUGGCUUCCAUGGAGUUCUCUCAGGAUUUCUAGUAGGCAUUAAGCAAAUUAUACCAGAUCAGGAGUUGAGUCUAUUUUUUCUGUUGAAGAUCAAAGCAAAGUGGGUGCCAACUAUUGUCGCGUUGGUCUCAGUAGCUAUAAGUUUUUUCACAACAGAAUCUGUAUCUUAUCUUCCAACUAUACUGUUUGGCAUUUAUAUGAGUUGGAUUUACCUGCGUUACUUCCAAAAGAAACCUGAAACAGGCCUUAAAGGGGAUCCAAGUGAUGAGUUUUCUUUCUCCAGUUUUUUUCCUGAAUUUUUGCGGCCAAUUUUGGACCCCUUUGCUUCAGUAUUUGAUUGGGCCCUUUGUGGAAAAUCGGAAACUUACUCAGAAAUGAGAGGUCAUACAUUGGGUGGGACCCCAUUGCCUGGUUCAGGUCCUAUUGAGGCAUCUAGGAGAAGAGAACGGGGAGCAAGGGCACUGGAAGAAAGAUUAGCAGCUGAGAAAGUAGCCGUUACAGGGAGCACAGAUGUUAUAUCGCAUGGAAAUGCUGCCGAAAAUGUUUGAGAGCUCAUAAAGGAAUCUGAUAAAUUCACUCACCACUGCUGUAUGUCUUUGCAAACAGGUUCUGUUGGAAAGUGCAUUAUUCCUUUGCUGGCGCAGUUGGCUACAGUCUUCAUGUGCAAGGACCCCCAUUAGUUUGCAAUGGGUCUUUUGUAUUGUUCUUAAAAUUUUAUGGGCAAGAUCUGAAGGACGAUCUUUAAAAACAUGAUGCAGGCGGUGGACGGAAAAGCAUUUUGAUAGCACAGGUAGCUUUUCUUAUCCCACGAAUGAUCAAACCUUUUUUGAGUGUUGAA